GGAUGAGAUCACUCCCGGCUCAGACAGGCGGCCCCCACUGCUCCCAGCUGGUACCGCACUAUCCUCCGCCUCUGCCCGCUUCUCCCGUGGAGUUCGCUGCAAGGCCUGCCUUGUCCGGCCGGCUCGGGGCCCUGGCCGCUGCCCCCCGUAGCAGGCGGGGGAAGAAACCGGCCGGUUCUGCCGCGUACUGCCGCCGCCGGCCUAGGCUGGCUCAGGGCAGCUCCUGCCGAGAGGGAAGAUUCCCUUUUCCAAGGACACACAGAGCCUUGCUCUCCCCUCCCCACUACCCCCCACUGACGCUCUGGGAUCUCGCCCUGCAUCACAGAUGCCCUGCCCAUUGCUCAUCCUGGUCCUGCUGGUGCUCGCUCCAGCAGGCUCAGUGGAUAUCCGGGUACCCGAUGACCCUGUGAUCGCCCUCUUUGGUCGGGACACCGUCCUCCACUGCUCUUUCUUGCCUGACACCAGCUUCAGCCUGGCCGAGCUCAGCCUCAUCUGGCAGCUGACGGACACCAAGCGGUUGGUGCACAGCUUUGCCAGUGGGCGGGACCAGCUGGCUGACCAGGGCAGCGGCUAUGUCAACCGCACGGCCCUCUUCUACGAGGAGCUGCCCCGGGGCAAUGUCUCGCUGCUGCUGCGGCGGGUGCAGAUCUCCGAUGAGGGCAGCUUCACCUGCUUUGUCCGGGUCCAUAGCUACAGCAGCGCGGCGGUGACGCUACAGGUGGCUGCUUUGUAUUCCAAGCCCAACUUGAACCUGGAGCCCAGCAAGAACCUGAAGCCAGGGGACCUAGUGACAGUGACCUGCCACGCCUUCCGCGGCUACCCUGCAGCCACGGUACUCUGGCAGGAUGGCCAGGGCAACAACAUCACAGAGAAUGUCACCACCUCCCAGGUGGCCAAUGAGGAAGGACUCUUUGACGUGCAGAGUGUCCUCCAGGUGGUGCUGGAGCCCAACAGCACCUACUCCUGCCUGGUGCGGAACCCCGUGCUGCAGCAGGAGACCCACGCCUCUGUUACCAUCACUGGCCAGCACCUCACCUUCCCUGCCGUGGCUCUCUGGGUGACCGUGGGACUCGCUAUCUGCAUCUUGGGGCUACUGGGCGCCCUGGCUUACGUGUGCCGGAAGAAAAUUCGCCAGAGCUGCAAGGAAGAGGAAGAGAAUGCCGGGAUGGAGGAGCAGAUUGAGGAUGAUGGAGAACCCAAAACAGCUUUGCAGCCUCUGAAGACCCCAGAGAACAAAGAAGGCAACGAACAAGAAAUUGACUGACAGGAAAUGGAGGAGACACAGAAACAAUGCCACAUGCCACAGACUAGCAGCCUGUCCUCUCGGACCAUUGUAGCCUCCUGGGGGAUGUCCUAUAGGAGACACUGAACAUCCCAUCGCCUGUGCCACCAUUGCUACAUACCCUGGCCAUGAAGGACAGCAGCUUCAGCCUGUUUUCUCUGUUUGCUUCACCAUAACCAUCUCCCCCACCAACACACACACACAGGGUAGACGCGACAGUGUUGCUAUGUAGGGCUCGCUUCCUCACGGGGCUGGAUACACUUUAUUCCCAGGAGUUAUUGUCUUCCUGGCCCAAGCAGCCCAAAGGGGCCUGAUUCUCCAUUGUCCUGCACCUUGGGUGCUCACUUCUACCAGUGCAAAGUGGGUGCAUAGUGCUCCCAAUGGUGAGCAUUUGCACUCACGCUGCCCUGGUGGAAAUGACUGCACAAGAUGCAGGGCAGUGGAGAGUUGGGCCCAGGAUGUGAAGGGCCCUUUCUUGUAGGUGAUUAACUUAGAGAUCAGUGGGAUUACUGCUGCUUUUAAGGUUAAGCAGGCGCUUAAGUGCUCUGCUGGAUGGGUUGGAGGGCUCUGGCCCCUUGUGAGAUUGAACCCUCCCUGCACAGGAGGUGCAGCCAGCAGAAUCUGAGCAGCCAGGAGGGAUGCAGUGGGGACUCUUGUCCUGUGUCAAACGUGUGUGUGGGCAGGUGGGGUGGGUGGUAGGGUGGGCAAUAUCUAUGGUUAAGGGGAUAUUUGGUUAUCAGUGCCCCAUUACAGCACCAGCUCUUGGUGUCUUGGCCCUUGUAGCAUGUGACUAACGUGAGAGCCAGCUCUAUGGCUCCAUGGAUGUCCCUCCUCCCCACUCCCCACUUCCAGCCAUCCUUCCCCCGCUCUCACCACAAAGCAGGCUCCACUUAUUCCCACACCCCAAAUUCAGCUUCUAAAGCAGGCGGACAGGGGGGAGGGGAUGGGACCAGGUGUCCAUGUCUUUCAGAAGAUCCUAAAGACAGAGGCUCUGAGUAUCCUUGUGCCCUCCUGUCUGUCUUUCCUGUCCUGCACCUGGUGCCUGAUGCCUAACCACAACUGCUCUCCUCCAUUCAACCAAGGGGAGCCUGCUGAUCGUUGGACCAUCCUCCCCCCAAGAUGCCUUCAUGGACAAGGUUCAACAACCUCCAAGAGGCAGGCCUGUGGAGGUGGACAAUGGGCCCAAGAAAGUCUUUGAAGCUCCUUGGAGAUGGACAGUGGGUCCAGGUGGCUGUAGAGAUGGAGAGUGGCCUAGUAUGGUUGUAGAGGCUCUGUGAGGAUGGAGCUCAUAGACUUAAGUGGAAGUGGUCCAUGCUCUUGGUCCUGGCUAUGGCAGAGGCACAGCUCCAGAGAGCGUCUUGUUAUCUUUAAUGUUGUACCACUGUCACCAGCAUUUGUCUUUUGCCUUAAGCCCCUGGAGCCAGAUCUGUCCCUGGCUUAAUUCCAUUGAGGUUGGUGGAGUUACCCCAGGGGUGGGUUUGGCCCAGAGGAUUUUGUGGGGCAGGAGAGGGAGAGGAAACUUCAUAGAUCUCACCCCCCUGCCUUGGCCUUGCUUUAACAAAGAGUCAGGAAGUAUCUGUAACUGGAUGUUGUGCCUGCUUGGGCCAACGGUGAGGAGGGGAACUUGCAGGUCAGAUGUGACCCUCGGCUACUAUCUCCCGAGCUGCUUGCAUCCCUGCUGGAGAAGGGGAUGGGCAUGAGCAGAGGCAGAGAUGGAUUCUCCCACGGUUUUUGCAUCCCUGGUUGGGAGGGAUGAUCCACAAUUUUCUGCAACAAAGCUAUUCCCAUUUCCUGCUCUGUCCAUCUGUCCAUCGGUUCCAGGGCCAGAGAGGCCAACGGCACCACCUCAGCUCCCUGUGAGGAGCGCUGGGUCAGGCACCUCAGUGAAGUUAAAUGGGAGUUCCCCCAUGGCUGUAGCUCUAACACACUGGCCAGUGUGUUCCUGGGCAUCUGGUAGCCAUUUUGAAGCCAAGGUUUCCCAUGAGCUGAUGCCUCUAAAGUAUGUGUUCGGAGCCAGCAAUCCUGAGGUGAAUGGAAAAUACCUGACUGAGCAGCAUGGUACCUGGCUGUGACCCUAAGCUUUUCCUAUCAGAAAGCGAGAAGCAAGGGGAAGCUAGGCUGAGAGAAUCCAAUGGACCAUGGAGGCCCACCUGCCUUCUCAGCUCCACACAUUGUUCAUCUGAAUCCAGAGAGAGGCCCCAUGGUGGAGCAAAGCAGGGGAUGGGUGCCAGGGCCUAUCUGAUGGACUAAAGGCUCUGGUUUCUGAGGCUACCAUUGGCCCUCUCACCAGCACUAAAAUCACUAUGGGCUUCCCAGCUCUGUCGAUGGGGGGUGGUGCGAUUAACUUCACUGGGGAUGCACUCGUAUCCCAGUUGAGGGGCUAUUAUAGGGGGUGGUGGGGAGCACCUCCUAUCAUUAAGAUUGCUGACACCUCCCUAUAUAAGACCCUGCUUUCAUUUGUUUUAUAGCUUUGCCAAGCUUUAGCUGUUUGGGCAGAGAUUUUCCAUGCCAGAGGUCUGCCUCAGGCUGAAUGCAUUUGGCAAAUUUCAGCCAGAAUGGCUUGGCCAUUUCUGAGAAGGAGGCUAAGGGAAAGGACAUUGUUUAGUCCACAUUAAAAACAAUUUGGGCACCCUUUUCUUUGAGCAGCUUUAGCACCCUGUGCUUUGGAGUGACACUUGAAAUUUGGUGGGGGCAUGGCCUCUGUGUCGGAUGUGCCUGUUGCCACCCUGGUGAAAAUCUGCCCACAUUUGCUCAAAUUUCUUUUUAAAAUUGCAGUUUGCAUGUGCCCAGAGACUUCAGUUUUACCAGCAAAAAUCUCUGAUGAUUCCAUCCUCACUGAGCAUGCUCAAGGCUCUCUCAGCUCUUAGCGCUGACCAGACUCUGCAUGUGCCAUCCCCACAGAGCAGCUGUGCAUGCUGCUGCUAGACUAGGGCUGCUGGGAUAAAGCUGGGCCUGCCCUAUGAUUGCUGUUCUAGGCCAGGUGUGGCUAGGCACUAGAGCUGAGAGCAGAGAGGCUGUCUCUCCUGUGCUCUCAGGGCCCCCUUGCCUUGCUGGGAUCCAGGCACUCUGGGGGAGAAAGCUGUCUGAUGUGAGUGCAGAGGGGACAAAAGGUGGAUCAAGACAAGGGAAGGAGUAAAUUGGUGAAUCUAGUGAGCCUGGGGUUGCAGGGGGGAGGGAUACUGGGACUAGCGGGAUAAGGAGGCUGGGACUGGCAACUGGGGGAGGGACUGGGAACCAGGGAGAGAAAUGGGACAGGACUGGGAGCCAGUUGGCUGGGGUGGGUGGGGGACUGACACUGGCUGGACAGUGAGAUUGGGAUUAGGGACCAGUGGUGGGGGGCAAAGGAGGAGGACAACUGAGAAGGAGUUGGGAUGUGGGAGGAGAAUUGGGACUGCUUGGGCAAAGAGACAGGGCAAGGAGGGUGGGAAGGGGAGACUGAAUUUAAAUGAGCAGCCCAGGGAGGGAGAUUAGGAGUGGGAGCCUGUGGGGGUGGGAAGAAGAGGGAUCUCAGAUGUGGAACUGGGAGAGGGAACUGGCUGGGAGAGGAGUUGGGGCAAAAUGGGGAGAAUUGUGAUGGGGUGUGAGUGAGAUUUGGGAGAGAGUUUGGUAUUUGGAGAGCAAGCGGGGGGGUGGAGUGGGGGAGAGGGAGACUAAUGCAGGCUGGACAAGGAGAUGGGCUGGGAUGAGAAGCCUGAGCAGUAAAGGCGACAGGGUAGGCCAGGAGAAUGGGACUGGAACAAGGAACCAGGGCUGGGACAGAGACAGAAAUAGGUUGUUGGGGAGAAGGGAUCAAGCUUGGGAGCAAUGAUGGGAAGAGUCUGUGCCACUAGAGCCCAUGCCCUCCAGAGCUGGAUUGGAACCCAACUGAGGCUCAUUCCUCUGCCAUCAGCAAGCAUCUGGCAAAGUGUGGAUCUCAUCCCCCUCUGAGCCACAUAGAGGAUGACAACCCACUACUGUUACCAGUUACUCCAUGAGCUCCAGUGGCAGAGGUCUGUGGGGUGAAUCUAACAGUUCCAGCCCUGCUGCUGAUGCAUAUCGGUGUCAAUAUGCCACACAAAGGAAUUCCUGAUCUUUCAGUUUAUUUUUUUAAAACUUUGGAAAAUAUGUGACCGCCUUGUGCAUGUGUAUUAUGGUACAGUGUUUAAUGACAUGGUCACAUACUGUUGUUUCCACAGGAUCCCUUCCUGUUUCAGUGCACUGGCUAGACCUACUCUAGGAAUUAUAGAAUCAUAGAAUAUCAGAGUUGGAAGGGAUCUCAGGAAGUCAUCUAGUCCAACCCCCUGCUCAAAGCAGGACCAAUCCCCAAUUAAAUCAUCCCAGCCAGGCCUUUGUCAAGCCUGACUCAAAAAACCUCUAAGGAAGGAGGUUCCACUACCUCCCUAGGUAACCAGUCCAGUGCUUCACCACCCUCCUUGUGAAAAAGUUUUUCCUAAUAUUCAACCUAAACCUCCCACACUGCAACUUGAGACCAUUACUCCUUGUUCUGUCAUCAGCUACCACUGAGAACAGUCUAGAUCCAUCCUCUCUGGACCCCCCUUCAGGUAGUUGAAAGCAGCUAUCAAAUCCCCCCCUCAUUCUUCUCUUCUGCAAACUAAAUGAAUGGAGUCUGCAGGACCCUGUCUCGUUUGUUGCUGAGGAACGGAGCUUCAAGAAGAGAAAGGCAUGGGUCUCAUGGGAAAGGCAGUUGAAUGCUGCCCUGGACAAGUGGAUUCUAUUCCUGUUCCUGAGGCUGAGUCCCUGUGUGAUGCUGGGCAAGUCAAACCAAUUCUUAACAGGGGACCACUGACUGUGUUCCUCAUUUUGGGGGUGCCUGACUGGAGACCCUGCGUGGAAGUGUUGAGCACGCCCUGCUGCAGCCGGUCAGUGAGAACUGUGAUUGAAUAUAGAAAGUGCUAUAUAAUGCUUGUCAGGCCCUAGGUGCCUCGUAUUGGGCACCAAAAUUAGUAGAUACUUUUGACUUUAAUCUCUUUGUGCCUCAGCUGUCCACCUGUAAAAUGUGGAUAAUAUCUCUCAUCUCUCCAAGAUGCUGGGGAUGGGGGAUUCGUUAAUUUUGGUGAAGCACUUCGCUACUCUAAUGAUGAGUGCGGGAGAAAAGCCCAUGAGGAAAUGAAUAAUUCUGUCUCAGAGCAGGGUUUGAAUAGUGGGCAGUAGAUGGGGCAUAGGGGCCUCACAUGGAACAAUGAGGCGAAAACAAAAUAUUGACUAACUGCCCAUUAAGGGAACAGAGUCCACCGUGCAUCAUGAUGGAAAAAACAGUAUGAGAUUGUGUAAUUAAAGACUGUCAUAAAGCGUACGCACCAGGGACCGAAUUUAGAUGGCCACGGUGGCCUUAAUUCUGACAUUUCCUAACUUUUGAUGGCUUGACUUUGCAAUCUAAAUAGCUUCCUUUUAAUGUAGCUUUUGUGCAUAACAAAGACCUGUGCAGGCCACGGAAUGUUUGAGUUAAGGGGCCUAAGAUGGAAUGUUCUGGCCCAUAAAAGGAGCAGAGCCAUUUAAGCUGUGCUCACAGCACCAGCGGAAACAUAAAGGGACAGACCAAAGUCAGGGAGAUGCCAGCAUUGUCCAGCCAGCCUACCUUAUGCACAUUUUCUGAUCCCUGGCUGCCUUCUUCACCCUCCAUCCCUGCUUCUCACACUCAGGCCCAACCAUGUUGCAUUCAGAUAUCCUCAGCACUCGUCUCUGGCCCCACUCAGGCAGGGAGAUACCAUUGUGCUAGAAUCAAGGUCUGAUUUGGUAUUUUUUUUAAUUACUUAAAUUCUGGAAGCUGGAGUAUUUUGUGCCUUGACACAUUUUGGGGGGAAUAAAUGCUUGGUUCUUUUUGACAAAGUUCCUGGGGUCUGGUGUGGUUUGUAGUAUGGUUUGGUGUGCAGGCCCAGCAGUCCUCGUUGGCAUAAGGAGAGAACAUCAGCCGUAGAAAGACCUGAGUUGUAACUCAGUAGCUGGGGGAUAUGUAUUUUCCUAUGAUCUACUGGGGGUUCUAGGAGAACCCAGCUGCCUGCUAGGGCCCUGCCAGAACCUGUGGACUUCCCUACCCUGGAGAACCUGGGACUCCUCUGUCAGCCCUAUGUUAGGGAGAGGGGUGCGGGUCUAGAUCUCUGGCUAGACCAAGAGGAGUCCCUGAUGUCCUCAUCCCAUGGUAGGACUCAUUGCCAGAUGUGAACGGCGUGCAGACGUAGCCCUUUAGAGGCAGCCUCCACCCACAUCCACUGUCAGGGAUCCUCAGCUGCCCCAUCCCAGCUGUUGGGGACACUCCAGCUCUCCAGCUCCAGUGGGUAUUGGAGAGGCUAAAACUCCUUCCAUUCAAACCUGCUGUGAGGGGUUCCCAUAUUAGAGGCACGGGCUCCUGCAAACGAGAGAGCCAGGUCACAGAAGAACUUCCCGCUUUCUGGAGCUGGGUGUAAAGAGGGGUCUUAGGUGUUACUACAUUGCAUAGUUCUGUCAGUAGUCAAGGCUGGAGCCAUGUGGGGUUGUUUCCAUCCUGCGUUCAACCUCAAGCCACUCUCCCCAGUCAUUGUCCCAGCAUACAAGAGGUACUCAGGGGCAGCACACACAAGUGCUAACCAGGCCCUGUGCACCCAGCCUGCAAAAGCUAUCUCAGGUUCUCCUGUGGUGAUGUCUUGCCCCUGGGAAGGUGCUGGGAUUCAUGCUGUGUCACUGAAGGGUUUGUACUCUGGCCAUGAAGCCAACUUUUCAAGUGUUGAGGUCAUGGGGGGCAGGUGGAGAGUGUAUGGUUUAAGGAUAUCUGACAUGCAAUGGCCAUGAAGCAGCCUGGGAGCCUUGGGGCACUUGCUAAAAGCACUGGGGUAUGGAUCCAUUCAGAAAGUCCAUCUCCACUGCUUCCCCAGUUCUGGAGUUUACAAGGUUCACCCACUAGUUAAGUCAAUGGGGUUGCUCCAGAUCUACACCACUGUAGCGAGAUGCCACUGAAAUCAAUAGGGUUACACCAGAUUAACAGCAGUGUAAGUGAGAUCAGAAUUUGGCAUGAUGGGUGUAAGCAUCUCUCCUUAAGAGAGCUGGCUCAGAUAAUUCAUUCAAAACAUUUUUUCAGUAGGAAUGGCUUUUCUGUCAAAAUGACAAUAUCCAUUUUUGAUAAUAAUUUGGGGGUUUGAUCAAAAAACUGGAAAAAAAAAUUUCACAUGUUGGCAAUCAAAAGCUGAAAAAUGUUGGCUGAAAACUGAAAGAAUUCUGCUGAAAAUUGAAAAUGUUGGUUUGGACUAAAAUUUUGGAGGUUCUGAAAACUUUGAAGAAAAAAGUGAAAACAUUUUUCAGUUUUGUCAAAAUUUGUCAUGGAAACAAAACCCAUUUUCCCCCAACCAGCUCUGCUCCCUGUAUCCAGAGGUUACCAAAGAUGGGAGUUACCGCCUUUUAAAAUAUGUGACACAGAUUGCUCCUGAAGGACAAGGAAUAGUGGAGGGAGGAGGAGGAUGGAAUGGUUGCUGGGAAUAAACUGAGAGUCAUAUUUUGUAUCAUGUAUCAAGUGUCUUCUAAUCCCUGUUACAUUCUGGCUCAGUAUUUGCACCAUGCAUCAUAGUAAUAAGCAGCCGGACAAUGGCAGGUGAGUGUGUGUGUAGCCCAAG